GAUUGCUCAAGUGACUCUCGGGCUGCAGCCAGAUCGAUAGGGAGGAACCGGUCUUCAGAAGGGCCUCGCCGUUCAGACGAAAGCAUGGUGUCGGUCUCGGUGGCCGCAGUGACCCUGCUGGUCUUCCUUGGGUCCUUUGCCACAGCGCGGGAUGCGACCCUAGAUGGACCCUGGAGGGACUGGAAGGCUACCCACAGUAGAGUGUACAGCAAGAAGGGGGAAGAGGAAUACCGAAGAAACAUCUGGGAGUCGAACCUACAUGUGAUCAGUCGUCAUAAUCAAGAGGCUUCCCAGGGGAAACACGCCUUUCGGCUGAAGAUGAACCAAUUUGGCGACCUUGGCUCGUGUGGGUCAUGUUGGGCCUUCAGCGCCACCGGGGCCCUGGAAGGGUUGCACGCCAGGACGACGGGAAACCUGGUCUCGCUCAGCGAGCAGAAUAUUUUGGACUGUUCUACGUACCUCGGUACCAAUGGGUGUGGUGGGGGGUGGAUGCCGCUGGCCUUUGAAUACGUGGCACAGAAUAACGGCAUCGACUCCGAGCAAAGCUACCCCUACCAGGCGCAGAGUGGACUCCCUUGCCGAUACAGCAGCUGGUACCGAGCGGCCACCUGCAAUUCCCUGGUGACGGUCCAAAGUGGGAGUGAGGAAGCCCUGGAAGAAGCCGUCGCUAUCUAUGGCCCAGUUUCGGUCGCUGUGGAUGCCUCCAGUAUCCAUUUCCAGUUCUAUUCAUCAGGAGUCUUUUCCCUUCCAAGUUGUGGUGAGUCCCUGGACCAUGGGAUGCUGGUGGUUGGCUAUGGCGUAUCUCAAUAUGGCUGGGACAGACAAAGUUAUUGGCUCCUGAAGAACAGCUGGGGUACAGAAUGGGGAGAAGAAGGCUACAUCCAAAUCGCAAAAGGAACCAACAACAUCUGCGGCGUUGCAACAGCAGCGAGCUUCCCCAUUAUGUAACCGGGCAAGGCGUCUGCAUCGCGACGACAUCCGAUUUUCCACCUUCCGUGCCCUGAACCCUUGAACGACACACCACGUCCCCGCACUGCUUUGCUUCCAGCCAAACGGCAGCGGUCCAAAGCAUCUUCACCAGUCAAUAGUGUUUGCUGACCAUUGUCUUCAGAAUGGGUCGCACGUUCCCUGCAAGCUCACAUGUGUACAUUUACGUAAGCCGAUACUUGACUGGUGGACUCCAAACUAGGAUAUCAACUGGGGUUGAAUGAAUGAAUAUAUUUAUUGCGGUCAAA